GCGUUGGUCGCGCUGGCGGUCAUCUUCUUUGUGGCCUUGAGGAAGAAGAAGAGAAGCACGAAGGGUUCCCGAGGACAAUACCGGCAUCCACCUGGUCAAAUCGCAUUUCCAAGUAAGUGACCGACUGCAGAGUCCUAAAUCUUCAAUCGAUGAUCGACAAUCCAGGCAAUGGGCAUGCAGAUACCAAGACAGAGAGCCUGUAUGGCAGCAACGGCGGGCAGUUCACGUACGACGAGCUGAUGGGCAUAACCAGUGGGUUCUCUCGCGACAAUCACAUCGGCGAGGGCGGGUUCGGACCUGUGUACAAGGGCGCGUUGCCGGACGGGAGGCAAGUCGCGGUGAAGCAGCUCAAGAUCGGGAGUGGACAAGGAGAAAGGGAGUUCAGAGCCGAAGUGGAGAUCAUCAGCCGCAUUCACCAUCGCCAUCUGGUUUCCCUGGUGGGCUACUGCAUCGUGGAGCACCACCGGUUGCUCGUCUACGAGUUCGUCUCCAACAAAACACUGGAGCACCAUUUGCAUGGGGAAGGGCUUCCUGUUCUCGACUGGGCAAAGAGAACGAGGAUUGCCAUAGGCUCAGCUCGUGGACUGGCAUAUCUGCAUGAAGACUGCCAUCCUCGGAUCAUCCACAGGGACAUCAAGUCAGCCAACAUCCUUUUGGAUGAAUCUUUCGAAGCACAGGUUGCGGACUUUGGGUUGGCAAAACUAUCAAAUGAUGCCCACACUCAUGUGUCAACUAGAGUCAUGGGAACAUUUGGGUACUUGGCACCAGAAUAUGCAUCAAGUGGAAAAUUGACAGAUAGAUCUGAUGUGUAUUCCUUUGGAGUUGUGCUACUAGAACUCAUAACUGGGAGAAAGCCUGUGGAUCCAUCUCAGCCUUUAGGGGAUGAGAGUUUAGUCGAAUGGGCUCGACCGCUAUUGGUUCAUGCUCUCGAAACAGGUGAAUACGAAGAACUGGUAGACCCCAAGCUCGAAAACAAUUUCGCCAAGAGUGACAUGUUACAGAUGAUUGAAGCUGCUGCUGCUUGUGUUCGUCAUUCUGCUCCCAAGCGACCAAGAAUGGUGCAGGUGUUGAGAGCUUUGGAUGGCGGGGGAAGCUUACCUGACCUAUCCAAUGGUGUCAAAUUUGGACACAGCACCGUGUAUGACUCUGGGAAGUACUCGGCUGACAUCGAAAAGCUGCAAAAGAUAGCGUUCGGGAGCAAUACCUUCAGCAUCGACUAUGAUCAUUCCACAGAACACGAACACGAUGAACAGCAGAGCGUGACGCAGACGCAGACGCAGACGCAGAGCAGCAAUGGAGUCUAG